AUGGUUGAGCUACAAUCCAUCUUCAAAAAAGCAUAUUGGACACUAGCAGCUGGUGGCUUGCUCUAUGUUUUCUUCGUUUGUGCUUUGACUUUUCCAGAGGUCCAGCGCUUUUGCCUUUACGCCCAUAACUUUAAUCCAAGUUACUGGGAGGAUCUGAAUCAGGUCGAGCAAUUUGGAUUCCUAAAGACCCAGGUUCAGCCGUUCAACUUGGUGACGCCUGACAAUGAAACACUCUACGGCUGGCAUCUUCUACCUCUGCAUCUUGUGCAUGAGCAUGAGGAGGAGCUGAUGCAAAACACACCGUCUGGCCCAGCAAAGGACUAUACCCAAACCGUUGCCUUCCAGACCUUGGCUAACGAUCCGAAUGCCAGAGUUGUGGUGAGCUUCCAUGGAAAUGCAGCGCAUCUGGGCUCUGCCAAUCGACCAAAUGGAUACAACACAUUACUAGCCCUAUCCACUCCGGAAAAGCCCGUUCAUGUAUUUGCAAUUGACUACCGCGGAUUUGGUGUAUCGACUGGCAGUCCUACUGAAGAAGGUCUCAUAACCGACGGUGUCUCCCUACUUAAUUUCCUUACGGCGGGUCCAUUGAAUAUCCCCACAUCACGAAUUGCUAUCGUGGGCCAAAGCCUAGGCACAGCAGUGACAGCAGCAGUUGCUGAGCGUUUCGCAUAUGGCUCACCCGACCCGAAGGCCAUUCAGCCAAGCAUCAAAGAUGCCGAGCCAUUCGCGGGUGUCAUCUUACUUGCGUCUUUCAGCAGUCUGACUAACGUAGUCGAGUCGUAUAGCAUUAAAGGUUUCACGCCACCGAUGCUCUCUCCGUUGAUUGGCUACCCUCGGUUUCAGAAAUGGGUGCUGAGCCACAUCAUGGAUCACUGGGAUACAGCCGGCAGGGUCGCUCGCUUGGCAGGCAUCAAUGCGUCCGAGCCGGAUGCCUUUGGCUUGAAGUAUUCGCAGAAGGAUCUUGAUCUUACGAUUGUGCAUGCCUUGAAUGACGCAGAUAUCCCCUGGUACGAAGGACGCCGGGUCUGGGCUGCUGCCACUGGUGAGAAUAUUGAAGGGGCCCCUGGAGCCUUGACUUUUGAGAAGACUGAGACCGGCAGCCCCAACCAGAUCCAGGUCUGGGAGAAUAGGUUUGUUGGCGCAGAUGGGGCCCAGGUUGUAAAGAAGGUGCGAUGGGAGCGUAUUAGAUAUGGAGGCCACAACCGUGUUGCUUCUUCCUCUGUUGCAGGUCUCGCAGUUCUAAGAGCAUUCGAAAACUGAAGAAACUCUCCCUAAUUCUUUAUAUUACCUACA